GUGGAUUUCCUAAUUGAAAAUGAUGCUGAGAAGGAUUACCUGUAUGAUGUGCUACGGAUGUAUCACGAGGCCAUGGAUGUCUCUGUGCUGGUGGGUGACCUGAAGCUGGUGAUCAACGAACCCAAUCGUCUGCCUUUGUUUGAUGCUGUCCGACCCCUGAUCCCACUGAAGCAUCAAGUGGAAUAUGACCAACUGACACCCAGGCGUUCCAGGAAACUCAAAGAGGUGCGUUUGGACCGAACACAUCCUGAAGGUCUGGGCAUUAGUGUGCGUGGGGGCCUGGAAUUUGGCUGUGGUCUUUUCAUAUCCCACCUCAUCAAAGGAGGACAAGCGGACAACGUCGGGCUCCAG